UAAUGCAUAUUAUGAAGGCGUCCAUCUUGGGGACACUUUUUUUCAAAUCGAAAUUUAUAACUAUUUAAAAAAAUUCUUUAAAAUAUGUUUGUUUUCAAAUUGAAAUUUUUUCUUUAUGGCCAAAAGAUACCUUAUUUAUUGUACUUUCAUACGGUAUGCAUUAUUUUUAAAUAUCCUAAAACGUUUAGGUUCUAUAGCACAAAAUUAAAACUAUGUCCAUUUUGGGGCCCUCUCCCCUAGUAAAUUUUAAUUUUAUAAUUUUUUGGAUGAAAUUGUUGUGAAGUUCAUUUAAAAACACACUUUUUAAAAAAAAAACUUUAAAACUUGAUGCAUUUUUAAGGAGAAUGGAGGGUAAACAUAACCUCAAAAACCUGUAAAAACUAAAAAAUUGUUUCUGACGCAAACAAAAAAAUAAUAAAUAUUAAUUUUAAACAAUUUUAGAAGAUCUAGAUUUAGGGGCUGUUCACAAAAUACGUAACGCGUAAGGUAGAAAUUUUUAAAAAAAUCGUUACGUAUUUUGUGAAAGUCUAUUACUCCUUUCGAAAAAAAUUAUUUUUUUCCAAUAUAUUUUGUCAUUUGAUUUUUUUGAAAAAUCACAUAUGUUGUGUAAAAAGAUGAAUUUGACGAAAGGUUUUUUCCUGCUCUAUCUAAUGUUACACAUUUUUUUUAUUAAAAAAAUUUUUAAUUUACCUAUUUUUUGAAAAUUAAAAAUAUUUUUGGAUGUUUGUUAAGUGCACCAAUUUUUUCUUUUUCAUUGAUUAAUUUUAAAAAGAUACUUUUAUUCAAAAAAUUAUACAAAUUUCAUUUUUUUAGGUAUAUUAAUUAAUUAACAAUAUUGAACAAAUAAAUUUAUAAUGAUUCUAAACUAACCACUUAAAAAUUAUGUAUGUAAUUCCGCAUCCAAGGGGCUCUAUAAGAAUGAAAAGAAUAGAAUUGCAAUUAUUUAUUAACAGUACACAAAUCCAAGAUACUUAUAGGGCUCAUUGAAUGUGGAAUGCAUAAACUAUCAAGUGAUAAGUUUAGAAUCACGAUAACUUUAUUUAUUUCUAAAAUAUUUCAUUCUUUAUUUACAUUAAUUAAAUAAUCAAUUAAUAUCUCGAAAGAUCCUAAUUUUGUUUAGUUUUUUUAAUUAAAAUUAUACAUUUAAUGAAUUAAAAAAGAGUCCAUUUACAAAAUUAAUUAAAAUAUAUUUUUGAUUUUAAAAAAUGGGGUAAAUUUUUAAUUAAAAAAAAUUGCAUCAAUUUAAAAGAGCAGGAAAAUUUAUAUAUUAAUUUAGAAGUUUGAUUAACGACAAAAAAUAUUAACCUAAAAGUAUUUUAAAACAAUUAUUUUUUAUUAGAAGGCAUUAUAAGUAAUUCUAAAACAAUAAAUCUAUAAGUUAAUUUUUUUACUCUGCUUAUAAUAUUUUAUUAUAUUCGAGGAGUUUAAAUAAGUGCGGUUUUGACUAUGCAAAUCAAAAGUCCAUUGCAGCGCAAGCGCAUUUGGUGACGGUCGUUGGUAUCUUUUGAGAUUUGCUUGUUUCCUGCGCGUUGCGGUCACGUUGCUCUCCAGAAGACUUUGAGGAGUUCUUCGCGUUCUUCGCAACCAACAAAAUGAGAGGUGCAUCAAGCAAUCGGAGAAGCAAGAGCGCUGGAAGAGGCAGGCGUGAAGGAUCGCGAAAUCGACGAAAGCGAUCAAAAAUAGCAAAUGCAGCAGCACACCAUCCACCUUUGCCAGCAAUAAACGACGAUAAUGCACAUGCUCCGAUAAACCCUCCACAAUUUCAACCAGUAAACUUAGCAAAUGCAGCAGCACACCAUCCACCUUUGCCAGCAAUAAACGACAAUAAUGCACAUGCUCCGAUAAACCCUCCACAAUUUCAACCAGUAAACUUAGCAAACGUUGCAGGAGAUCCGCCACAAUUGGAACCGGUAAUCAUCCCUGAUGCACAUGCUCCGAGAAACCUUCCACAAUUUCGACCAAUAAACUUAGCUGAUGCAAAUGGAGCAGGAAACCCGUUACAAAUGCCACCAUUUUACGUACCGCAUGCUAAUGCAACAGGAAACCCUCCACAAUUGCCAGCACUAAACGUACCUAAUGCUAAUGCAGCAGGAAACCCUCCACAAUUGCCACCACUAAACGUACCUAAUGAUGGUAGACAAGUGCCCCCACCGAGAGACCAGAAUAGGCGGGGACGUAAUAGAAGAGGCGGACAUUAUGAUAGAAGGCAGGGUCCCAUUAUAUACUGCCGCAACGUUUUUUAUAAUUAAUUUUGUAAAUUAAUGUUUAAAUAAAUUUACUUUCGUAUUUUUUGUAGCACAUAAUCUUUUCCUUCCAAUUCAUGAUGAAUUUGAUAAUUAAAAUUUUCUUAAAAUAGUUAUGGGUAAUUAUUUUAAAAUAAUAUUUUAUUUUUUUAACAAAUAAUGCAAAAAAAUAUUCAAUGGGAGGCACCUCCUAUAUUUAGACUACUUUAAAUUUUAAUGAUGGCACGAUGUUUUACUUUAUAAUUGCAUUAUUCGGGUCUUAACUACUUACAAGGUGGUAAAAAAAUUUUCUAAGUUUUGACCAUUUUGGUUUAGUUCUAGGUUGCCUCUUCCAAAAGGUACCUUUUUUAGUGCACUUCAUUCCGGACAACCAGUAAUAUGAAAAUUGAACAUUCAAACGGGAAUCUCAUCACAACGCUUUAUUCUAGACAAUAAACCAAAAAGACGAUUUUUUAAAAGGUUUUUUCAUUUUUAUGUAAAUUUUUCAAAAAAAUUCGCAAAAAACGCAGUGUUUUGGGGCAAUUUACCACCCGUAUAAAAAAACAGGGGGUAGAAAUAUGAAAUUUUUUAAGUUCUUAAGUUCUUUCUAUACUUUUUUAAAUAAGGAAUCGAAUGAUUUUGGGUUUUUUAAAAUUGCUUCGUUAGAUUUCGAGAAAAACCG